GCCCCAACGCUUCGUGUUCAUUCUCCACUACGGGGCAGAGCAGUUCUGUGCCAACUCAAAACCCUCGCGCGCAGGGUCGCCUCCAUGCACGGAUUCCGCACCCCAGAAUGAGAAAAUUGUCCACCAUUAUCAAUCCAGGUGAGUUCAUUCGUCUCUUCCUCAAAUCCCUCCGCAAACCCAUUUCGUCAAUCGCUUCUGUGGUUCCCCAAACUUCAUCGGCGGACCCCGACCCCCUCGAUCUCCCCUCCCAGCUCUUCGCGAUCCUAUCUCGUCCAAAUUGGCAAAAGGACCCAUCUCUCAAGAGACUAUCCCAAUCUCUGACCCCGUCCCACGUCUCCUCCCUCUUUAGUCUCAAUCUCGAUCCCAACCCUGCACUCGCGUUCUUCUAUUGGGUAGCACAGAGACCCCGCUUCAAACACAAUGCGCAAUCCCAUUCGUCGCUUUUGAACAUCCUUGUUCGCGCCCGAUUCCUCGGCGUUGCGGAGAAGAUUCGAAUUUCGAUGAUUAAGUCCUGCGAGUCGAUUGAUGAAAUGCUGUUUGUUCUGGAUGUCUCUCGGAAAAUGAAUCGAGACGCUGAAUUUACAUUUAAGCUCACUUUGAGGAGCUAUAAUAUGCUGCUGAUGUCGUUGGCGAGGUUCCUUAUGAUUGAUGAAAUGAAGAGAGUUUAUGUAGAGAUUUUGGAUGAUAAGAUUCCGCCGAAUAUAUAUACGUUUAACACAAUGGUCAAUGCGUAUUGCAAGCUGGGGAAUGUGGUCGAGGCAGACCUGUAUGUAAGCAAGAUACUGCAAGCAGGGCUGAGUCCAGAUGCAUUUACAUACACUUCUUUGAUUCUGGGUCACUGCAAGAAUCAGGAUGUGGAUAGUGCUUGUAGGGUCUUUCAGGCUAUGCCGCUAAAGGGUUGUCAAAGGGAGGCAGGUUCAUACACUAAUUUAAUUCAUGGGCUUUGUGAAGCCAAACGGAUGGAUGAAUCAUUAAAGUUGUUUGUGCGAAUGCCAGAGGACAGCUGUUGUCCAACUGUUCGCACAUACACGGUUCUCAUAUCAGCAUUAUGUGAAUCAGGUAGGAGAAUGGAGGCCUUAUAUUUAUUUAAACAGAUGGCUGAGAGAGGUUGUGAGCCAAAUGUUCACACUUACACUGUGUUAAUUGAUAGCUUGUGUAAAGAAAAUAAACUUGAUGAAGCUAGAGGAAUGUUGAAUGGGAUGCUGGAGAAAGGGUUGGUCCCCAGUGUAGUAACAUAUAAUGCUCUGAUUGAUGGGCAUUGUAAAGAGGGUUUAAUUGAUGCUGCAUAUCAAAUUUUGAGUAUGAUGGAGUCUAAUAAUUGUAGUCCGAAUGUUCGAACUUAUAAUGAGUUGAUUUGUGGAUUUUGUAAGAGAAAUGAGGUGCAGAAAGCAAUGGCACUGUUCAACAAGAUGCUUGAAUGGAAGCUAUCACCAAGCCAGGUCACAUACAACUUAUUAAUCCACGGUCAGUGUAAAGCUGGUGAUCUAGAUACUGCUUUUAGGUUGCUCAAUCUGAUGAAGGAAAAUGGAUUGGUUCCUGACAAGUUUACAUAUGGUGUUUUCGUAGACAUCCUUUGCAAAAAAGGAAAUGUGGAAGAAGCUCAGAAUUUAUUUGAUUCGCUAGCGGAAAAAGGCAUUAAGGCAAAUGAAGUGAUAUAUACUGCUCUGAUUGAUGGGUACUGCAAAGUGCAGAAAAUCAAUGAUGCUCAUUCUUUAUUUGAGAGAAUGCUUAGUGGGGAUUGCUUGCCAAAUUCUCACACUUAUAAUGUGUUGAUAGAUGGCAUGUGCAAAGAGCGCAAAGUGCAGGAAGCAUCUUUGUUAGUUCAAAAGAUGAUUAAGGUGGGUGUGAAACUUACAGUUUUUACUUAUUCAAUUCUCAUUAAAGCAUUGUUGAAUGAAGGUGACUUCGACCAUGCUCACGUAGUUUUCAACCAAAUGGUUUCUUUAGGAUAUCAUGCUGAUGUUUGUUUAUAUACUUCGUUUCUCCAUGCAUAUUUCAGGAAAGGUAAUCUAGAACAAGUCGAAAUUAUGAUGGCUAAAAUGAAGGAAGAAGAUGUUUUACCAGACCUGGUGACUUACACUGUGUUAAUUAAUGGCUAUUUGCAAUUGGGUUUAAUAAAUUGUGCUUUUGAUAUUCUUAAGUGCAUGAUUGAUGCUGGAUGUGAGCCUUCUCAUUAUGUAUACUCUAUUUUAAUUAGGCAUAUUUCACAUGGAAAUCACAUGAAAGAAACAAGCAGUGAAGCAAGUUUAGGCUUAGUUCCAAAUAACUCAGUUGAUUUUUCUGAUAUCUGGAAAGUAUUUGAAUUUGAAAUUGCUCUUAAGCUGUUUGAGAAAAUGGUUGAACAUGGUUGCACUCCUAACGUGAACACCUAUGGAAUACUUACUGCUGGACUUUGCAAAGAGGGACGGUUUCAAGAAGCUAAGAGAUUGGGAAUCUAUGGUGAAGCAGUGAGGAUGGUGGAUGAUAUGGUUGAGCAUGGUCAUUUACCACAUCUUGAGUCAUUUAAGCUGAUUGUUUGUGGUCUAUAUGAAGAAGGGAAUUUUGAGAAGGCUAGGGAAGCUUUCUGUAGUCUGCUUGGUUUUGGGUAUAAUUGUGACGAAAUAGUUUGGAAAAUUCUCAUUGAUGGCUUACUUAAGGCGGGCUUGGUUGAUAGAUGCUAUGAACUAAUAGAACUAAUGGAAGAAAAGGGCUGCCAGCUGAAUCCUUCAACAUAUGCAAUGUUGAUGGAGGAACUGGAAAGGAGGGAUGCACCAUGAGAUGAUGAAUUCUUUGUUUAGUUUUGAACGGGAUGAUUCUAUGUCAUGGGCAAGGUCAUCUCUCCUAUUGCUGUGAGUGUCUGACAAGUGAGGAUAAGAGGCCAAGAUUAUGCAUGCAACGAUACAUUCUUUCGGCACGUAUUUUUUUGGAGAAGUAUGUCAAUUUCAUGAAUGAUGCAUCAGUAUAUCAAUGGUGACCAGCUGUUUGAAGGUGAUGGGGGAGCAUCUGCAAUCACCUCUGGCUGCUCUGAUUGUUGACUGUGACAUUAGCAUACACAGGUUGAACAGGUUCAGAUAAUGAACUGGAGGCAA